AACCACUUCUCGCCGUUACGAAAAGUGCGCCCAGAAGUCCCUCUGCUCUCGGUGGUUUGCUCUCUCACCAGCUACUUUGGAUCUCUCGUUGGGUGGGAAAAUUGCACUCCUCGUUGCGUUCACUCGCGCAGUAAGCUUCUAGCCAGAAACAUCUCGUUGCCGGUGGUCGGGUCGAGUGAGGAAAAUUCAACAGUGCGUGUGAGCGUGUGUGUGUGUCCCGUGGAAAGAAAAAGGAGCAAAGCUCGAGUCGUUUGGAAAUAACCGACGAAACAAAACAAGAAUCGAAAAUGUUCUCCGCGCUGUUGGAUGCCGCCCGCAACUCCCCCUUCAAGACACCCUUCUCGCGUGCGUCCUGCGAUGCCGCGACUCCCGCCGACGGCAGCUCCACCAAGCAGCUAGUGGCCGGUCGCUCGCUGGCCGCCGCUGCCUCCGAUGAGGUCGAGUUCGGAUCGACCAAGUUCUUCCUGCUGUGCGGCCUCGGCGGUAUCAUCUCGUGCGGAUCCACGCACACCUUCGUCGUGCCGCUCGAUCUGGUCAAGUGCCGGCUGCAGGUCGACCAGGCCAAGUACAAGAACCUGUUCCACGGCUUCAAGGUUUCGGUGGCGGAGGAGGGCGCCAAGGGUCUGGUCAAGGGAUGGGCCCCGACCUUCUUCGGCUACUCGGCACAGGGUGCCUUCAAGUUCGGUCUGUACGAGGUGUUCAAGGUGCAGUACGCCAACAUGUUGGGCGAGGAGAACGCGUACUUGUACCGCACGUGGCUGUACCUGGCCGCGUCCGCCUCGGCUGAAUUCUUCGCCGAUAUUGCGCUGUCCCCGAUGGAGGCCGCCAAGGUCAAGAUCCAGACCAUGCCCGGAUUCGCUGGAACACUGCGCGAGGCCUUCCCCAAGAUGAUGGGCGAUGAGGGUAUUAUGGCGUUCUACAAGGGUCUGGUGCCGCUGUGGUGUCGCCAGAUUCCGUACACCAUGAUGAAGUUCGCCUGCUUUGAGAAGACUGUCGAGCUGCUCUACGCUUAUGUUGUGCCGAAGCCUCGCGAUCAGUGCUCCAAGGGUGAGCAGCUGCUGGUGACCUUCGCCGCCGGUUACAUUGCCGGAGUGUUCUGCGCCAUCGUGUCCCACCCGGCCGAUGUGGUCGUGUCCAAGCUGAACCAGGCCAAGGGAUCCAGUGCGCUCGAUGUGGCGAAGCAGCUCGGCUUCAUGGGCAUGUGGAACGGUCUGAUGCCCCGUAUUAUCAUGAUCGGUACGCUGACUGCCCUGCAGUGGUUCAUCUACGACGGUGUGAAGGUCGCCCUGAACAUCCCGCGCCCACCCCCGCCAGAGAUGCCCGAGUCGCUCAAGAAGAAGCUGGGAGUGCAGUAAUGCGAACGCGCGAACCCCCUAGGUUAGCUUCUUCUAAUCCUGUCUCAGUUUACAUAUUCAUCUGAAAAAAAUGCAUACAGUUUAUUUAUAAGUGAAACCAAAAUUCUCAAAAUAAAAAUACCAAAAAUACUGGAACCGGAAAUCGGAUGAGUGCUAUUGUUUUAGAUGAUAGGAUACAAAUAAUCUUGGAAAAAGAAAUAAAUGAAAAAAAAAACCAGAUCGGGUACGCGAUUCAGUAUUUGAACGAGGACAAAAAAGACCAGCAUAGAAGCACUGCACAAGCACACACGAAAAGCGCACUUGAAACCGUACGACAUCCUUCGUAGGUGAAUCGCUAUCAACCAACGCAACGGUUGGAGGAAACUUCCGAGAUGAGUUGUAUUGUUUGUUUAGCAUAAUUCUACUCUGUUAUCGUGGAUAGCACACAAAAAGUACUAAUAGAAAAUAAAUGUGGUUUUCCGUGGAAAGACCGAGACAAAAAAAA